AUGAAACAAAUUGUGAUGAAAAAUGACUUUAACAAAAUAAAAGUAUGUUUAAAAAAAAUAGCAGAAAAUCAACCGAACAACAUUACAAGUGAAGUUUCUAGUAAGUACUUUUUAGAAAACCUCACCGAAAAAUGUGUGUUAAAGGAGCUGUUUAAAUCCAUUAAAUUCAAAGAAGUUCUGGAUCAUCUAAAAAGCGAUUUUGAAGAACUUUUAAGAAAUGGAGACUCCCUAUUUUUCUCAGCCUAUGAGGCAUUUUUACUAAUUUUCUCAAGCAGUAAUGAAAAAUUCAGGCAAAAUCAUUUUGAAGAAUUAAUUACAGAUUAUUACAAGCAUUUUGAAGCCCCAAAAAAUCUCAUUGAACAGCACAAAAACGUUAUUUUGCCCUUAGUGAAACUACAACUAAUUGACAACGAUGAAAUAGCACAAAAUCUAUUAAAUUAUUUGAAAAAUCCUUUCAUACACCAAGAAAAUAUUUACCAAAUAAUCAAAAAGAAAUUCCAAACAAAUGAUAUUGAGUUAAUUAAUUUUGAUUUAGUGACAAUAAAUGAGAAAUUUGGCCACAUGUCUAAAUACUAUCACCUGAAAAUAAGAACGUCAAUUAACAAUAAAAUCCAAGAGGACACAUUAUUUAUUAAAUUACUGUUCAGUGACUCAGAAUUGGUAAAACAAAUUGCAGAAGCAGGCGCAGCUAAAAAAGAAAGUUUCUUCUAUAACACUCUGUACCCAUUAUACGAAGAAUAUGGUCUUAGAGAGCUACUAGAUUUUGCUCCUAAGUGCUACUUAGCCACAGCCAAGGGCCUCAUAGUUUUGGAAAAUAUAAAAUACUCUACUUUAAAAAGUGAUACUUUUUUGAAUGUUGAACAGUUGAAACUGGUUUUAGACAAAAUAGCCAAGUUUCAUGUUUGUUCGUUGAUUUUGGAAGAGCUUUUAUCUGAAAAACUAGGAAAGCCUUAUAGGAUUUAUGAUGAAUAUCCAGAAUAUUUUCAAGAAAAUAUUAUUGUGCCCCAAGGAGAAUUAUAUGGCUGGGUUAUGGGUGGCUUAUUAGCAACGAAAUAUUUCAUAAAGCAGCUUCAAAAAUCCAAUAAAAAUAUCGAAGAAAAGUUGAACAAUAUUUGGCAAAAAACUUACGACCAAUUAAAAAAAUCGACAACCCUAAGAAAUGUUGUCAAUCAUGGAGAUAUGUAUAUUUGCAACAUGAUGCUAAAUAGUGAUUUACAAGACGUCAUUUUAUUCGAUUUCCAAUUAUUACGGUAUUUACCUCCAGCUUUUGAAAUAUUAUUCUUUAUCUUUUCAAGUACUACCAAAGAAACAAGAGACAAAUAUUUACAAACCUUACUAGAUUAUUACUAUGGAAAUUUAUCGGAAAAUUUAAAAAAGUUCAACCUAAACCCAGAAGAAUUGUUGCCCAGAACCGAUUUUCUUAGGAAUGUAACAGAAGCCAAAGCAGCUGCAAUGGCUGUAGCAAUGGUUUAUCAUCCGAUACAUAUGGAUCCACAGUUGCGAGAUCAAAUAAUCCACGCGGAAGAGGCUGGAGUUCAUUUAGAUAGCCAGAGAGAGAAGUUGGUUGAUUUGGCAUGGAAAGAUGAGCAUUUUAGAACUUUUGGUACAGGAUUUGCUAAGGAUUUUAUUGAAUUGAUUGAGAAUGUUGAUGAAUAA